AUGUGGUUGAAUAACAGCCCGAUAUUUACAUGCGUUCUGAUCUUGCUCCAUACGUUUGGAGCAAUUAACGGAAGCAAUCUUUCGGUGGAAGAAGUACGUGCCCGAAUCGCUCGCAUCCCACCGAAGCUGAAAAAUGUGCUGACACGCAUGACUAACGAGGUGGAGCCUCAAUUGACGACGGUGAUUGGUAACAAUACGAGAAUUAUUGGAGGUGUUCAAACCUCGAUCGAGGAAUACCCUCAUCAAAUUGCGAUUUUGUACCUAAACAGUCAAGUUUGUGGUGGUUCGGUAAUUUCGGACUCGUGGAUCGUCACCGCUGCUCAUUGUUUGGACUGGCAGCCAUUAACGUCCCAGAUUACGAUAAGAUACGGAAGUUCUUUGAGGAAUACUGGGGGAUCGAUUCAUGCCACCUUUUACUAUCAUCUUCAUGAAUCUUACGAUCCGUUGGAUUACCCGUACGAUGUGGCCACCCUGCGUGUUAAAACACCCUUCAGUGGCCCGGCAAAUUCGAUCAUCCCGUUAACCACAUCGGAAUGGACUGCAGGAGAAGUGACCGUCACCGGAUGGGGAUGGGACGAGAACCAGCGACAACCGGAUGUCCUACAUAAAGUGACACUGCCUGUCGUCGAUCGUAUCACCUGCAAUGUCAAAUGGGAAGGAACUGUUACGGAUGAUAUGAUAUGUGCCGGCGGUCAGGGCAUUGAUUCCUGCAACGGAGAUAGCGGUGGACCUGCGAUACAGAAUGGUGUUCUUUUCGGAGUCGUCUCGUGGGGUGCCGACAUUUGCGGUAACGGUUUGCCCGGAGUGUACACCAACAUUGCCCAUACGUCGAUCAGAAAUUUCAUCAAGCGUACCACGAUGGUGUAA